AAGCUCACACGUGACACCGUCGCGCGACCGCAUUGUCUGCAAGCGGACAAAGAGCAACGGUUAGUUAUCGCCGAGAAACGGGCAGGUGGUGUCAUGACAACAACGGACAUUAUGGAUCCGACUUUCCUCCGUCGUUUGCGCCGCUGUGUCCGAGCUCGUACGGCCGCUUGAACUUAUUUAAUGUCUGGAUCCCAAAUCCGGCCGUGUGGAGGGAUAACGACGUUAGCUGCGGUGUUUUUUCCAGCUCACACGCAGCUGGCAGCGGGUAAACAAAGCUGGACAGCCUUUGUUUCCCGUCUUAAUUUAGCUAGUUGGAUGAUUCGCUUUACCUGCGUCAAAUCUCACUUUUCCAGCUAACGUAAGCUAACUGUUAGCGUCGACAUUAGGUUAUUUUUAUUUUUAUUUUUUAGCUAAUCUCUUUUUUUACACUGGCUGCAUGAGAUGUCAUUCACGAUGGAGGAUAACUUGGAGUCCGAGUGGGUGUCCGUCAGACCGAGAGUCUUCGACGAAAAAGAGAGGCAUAAAUUCAUCUUUAUUGUGGCCUGGAACGACAUCGAGGGAAAGUUCGCCAUAACCUGCCACAACAGAACCGUCCAGAGGCGGAGUACCGUGCUUCUGGACCCUUUCAUGGACCUUCCUGCCCCCAGUACUUCCGUGGCAGAGAAACACACAAAAAGUAAGAAAGAUGAAGCGUGCCAAGCGGGUAAAGUAAGACCACACUCCUUACCCAAAACGAAGACUGUUAUUACUGACAAAAACGCUUUAAGUCCCGUCUGUUCAAAGACAUCCGAGUGUGUCAGUCCCACUCUAGGGUCCUGGGAUAUUGUGACACCGAAAGUAAUAGAUAUCGAAAUCCUGGACCCCGUGGAUGUCCCGCUUUCUCCGGAUGAUGCUGACAUAGGGGAGGGUGAGAGUAGCGGCCGCGAGGACUUCAGCUGGGCCGGGCUGUUCUCCUUCCAGGACCUGAGGGCUGCCCACCUCCAGCUGACCGCCGUCAACUCGGACCUGGAGCCGUGUUUACCCUCCUUUCCUGAGGAGCAAUCCGGUGUGUGGUCGGUGAUAUUCGGAGCCCCAGGUGUGUCCCAGCGGGAGACAGACGCCCUGUGCUACCAGCUACAGGUGUACCUCGGUCAUGCUCUGGACACCUGCGGUUGGAAGAUCCUAUCAGAGGUACUUUUCUCCGAGAGCGAAGACACGGAGGAGUACUACGAGAGCCUGAGCGAGCUGAGGCAGAAAGGCUAUGAAGAUGCUCUUGAGAGGGCCAAAAGACGCAUGCAAGAGGUGCUGGAUAAACACAAAGCCAUGGACAGCAUGGUGGAGCUGCUGCAGGUGUACCCAGAGGAGGACGAGGCGUAUGGAGAGCUGCUGGAGGCAACAACGCAGCUCUACCACUACCUGCUGCAGCCUUUCAGGGACAUGAGGGAACUGGCGAUGCUGCGCAGACAGCAGAUUAAGAUCUCUCUGGAGACGGAGCGCCUGGGUCCUCGUCGGGUGGAGGGUCUGACGAAAGAGGACGAGGAGUGGCAGAAGAAAGCUCAUGCCGCCAUUCUCUCCAUACAGGACCUGACUGUCAAGUUUUUUGAAACCACGACUCGCGCACAGAAAGCUUUGUUUGAGCGGAUGCGUGCUGACCAGAAGAAGUUUGGAAAGUCGGCAUGGGCAGCAGCGGUGGACCGAAUGGAGCGGCUGCAGUACGCCGUUUCCAAAGAAACUCUGCAGCUGAUGAGGGCGAAGGAGAUCUGCCUGGAACAGAGGAAACACGGCCUGAAGGAGGAGAUGCAGAGUCUGCAGGAUGGAGAUGACGCCAUGCUGCGAGUGGACCAGUUGGAGGCGCUGUACUAUGAGCUGCAGCUGCAGCUGUACGAUAUCGGUGCGGAGGUGCUGCGCUGCGAGGAGCUGCUGCUCAACGCUCAGCUGCAGAGUCUGCGCAGGCAGAUGACAGAGCGACAGGAUGAGGUGGUGUACUACGAUGCCUUUGAGAGCCCCGAUGCCAUGAAGGGUGAUGAAGAUCCCACCACCCCACCGUCCCCCCUCCGAGAUGAAGAACUGAGCGUCCUGCAGCAAAGGACCCGGCAGCUGGAGGCCCGCAGGGGCCGCAUCACCGCAAAGAAAGUCUACCUCAAAAACAAGAAGGAAAUCUGUAUUGUCAAUCACAACCAGAAGAUACAACAGCGAGGCAGCCAUGAUGAUUCCCCACACUCACUGCAAGAGGGAGGUGAAGCUGAGGAAGAUGAUGCCAAGAGGAACGCCAGAGUGAGUCAGGACAGACAGAGGACUCUGGACAGACUCCGCAGCCUGAAACAGCGUUAUCCGGGCCAGGUGACCCUGAAGUCGAGCCGGCUGCAUCAGUUUCAGCCUCACAGCCGGAGGAAAGCAGGGCCGCCGGCCAGCACUCACUCAGCCAGCGUCCAAACAGACUGCUGCGAUCUCCCACAACUCUCCGCUCCUCCUCCCCCCGACUCCUGCAGCUGCGACAGCGUCUCUCUACCAACAAUUCAACUCGGCAACCUUGCCUCGCCUCCGUUCCUCUCGCUGCCUCCGCUCUCUGCUUCCCCACCUUUUCAUUCACUGGGUCCUCCUCCUCCACCUCCCCCACUUCCUCCUCCACCUCCUCCCCCAGAGGAGCAGCAGCAGGGUGAGGGCAGGGAGAUAAAACCCAGCCCAGUGCGGCACCACGAACGCAAGUCUGAGUCUCUGCCGCUGGCUCCGUUUUCCCCUCGGUUCUUCGACAGCAGUCAGCUGCAGACGGCGAGGAAGAAGCUGAAGAAGACCGCCUCGCUGGACUCGACGCAGUGGAGAGCGAGCUCCCCCAUGGACGAGGUGCUGAACUCUCUGAAGCGGGGCUGUUUCCACCUGAGGAAGGCGGAGCUGCGAGUGUUGGGCCCUGACCCGGACGACGACAGCAACAACAUCCUGGCUCAGAUCCGGCAGGGCGUCCGGCUGAAGAAGGUGCUGACGCGGCCGGAGCAGCAUAGGCAAGCCAAGAGCUUCACACACUCCGCCGACGCUCUGACCCGCAGCAUCCACGAGGCGCUGCGGAGAAUCAAAGAGGCCUCACCGGAGUCCGAGUCCGAGGAUGAAGGCCUCCCGUGCACUGACUGGGAAAUCUAGAUUGGCUUAUUGGACGUUUUUUACCUCCUCUAGUGUGGAUAUGUGGAGCCAAAAUGAAGAAAAAACAAGCGGACAAACCAGGGUUAAAUCACCUGGAGAUACCUUGGUGCAAUUUGAACAAAAACCCUUGCUUUUUUUAUAUCAGAAAACCGCUCAGUAAUGUGUGUGUUUUUUUAUUCAUACUUCUGUGUGUCGUUUGUAAAGAUGGACCACUAAUCUUUGUUUUCUAUGUCGUUGCUGUGGCGUUCUUGGCGAGGAUACAACCUCUAACCUCUCAUGCUGCCAGUCUACGCGUCAGAGUCCUACUGUAGCUUGCUGUGAUGGGUUUGUUUUAGGAAGUGAGUAUUUAGUUUUACACGUUUUCUCACGCCAACACAGUAAGCAUUCUGACUCUUCUAUGAAUAUGUGCUGUACACUUUUACAUCCAACCAUUUGUACUGUAUACUCCAGUGAAUACAAAUGCCUAAAUGUGUAUGCAACAUAAAAAAGCUCCCACUCCUUUUCAAGGACAACGUUUGACAUUUAGAAGGGAUUGCUGCUAGCUUUAGCUCAGCAAAAACCGUUUAAAGAAAGGUAUUUCCCAAAAAUGUUACAUUUAUACUUUUGUUUGCUAGCUCGGGACAUCAUGUUGUCAAGAGGAACUCAAAAAACAUGUCAAACUUUGUGAAAUAAUAGAUGAAUACAUGGACAAAGUUACAUUGAGGGUAAAAUGUGAUAUAACAAGAGCAAGGGAGUUUGGAGGAAGGGUAUCAAACAAAAACUUCAACGUAAUUCAUAAGAUGCUCAGUUCAGAACUGAGAAUCAUUGCAAUGUUCAGUUGUCACUGACUUAUCCGCCCUAAGGCUCCAUGGGAAAUGCAAUUCCAAUACUUAUAGCAUCGUUCUAAUAAUAGAAGUGAAAAAAUCUAUAAAUAUUUAACAUAUACUUUAUUAUUGUCACUUUGAAAACAGCUGAUCUAGUUAAACAUGCUGUGUUUGAUGCUGCUGCAGAUUAUGAAAGAGUUAAUCUGCAGACUUUAAGAAGCUCAGCUGGCUCAGAAAUAAAAAGGAAACUUGGAACAGUGGAGAUAUUAUUAGAUAAAUAGCCGGUUUAGUAGGUUUAGAUAAAUACACAAACAAGCAUCUGUUGACUUGUGCAUCCCCUGCUUCUUCUUAUCCAAGGAUGCCAUCAUGACCGGGUCAGUAUUUUUUGACUAAAUAUAUCAAAUAUAAUAUAUAUUCAGCACCAAUUUAAAAUAUAACGAUUACUUGAAUCUAGCUUUGGUCGCUUUCUGUGAUCGGCUGAAUUUGCUGUCACUCUUGAGAUUGAAAAUGGAUGGAUGGGUGUGAUAUUUAAAUAUCUGAAGAGGAUUUUCACACUUGAAGAAUACCUCCAUUGUGAUCCUCCUCUGUAACAAUACAUUACCGCUGAAUUACUCUGCAAGACCCAAAUACACACGACCAAAAGGAAAGUGAAAUAGUUUAUUUAGAAGUAGAUACAAGUCCUACUUCAUGGACCUCUACUCUUUAAAGAUUAUAAUAGCAGGUAAAAGUAUUCAGCAGAAAAACAAUCUGCAAUUAUUUAAACAAUAGGUUAAUAGUUUGAGUCAUGAAGCAAAAAUGCCAUUUAUUCUCUGCUUGUAGCUUUUCCAAUGUUACAAUGUGCUGCUUUUCUCUGUUUAUGACACUUUAAACUGAAUUGCUUUCAGUUGUGGCCCUAUUUUAUCAACUUACAAUUCAUAAAGGAACCUACGUGCAGAUAAAUAUUAAGGGUCAAGUUGAUCCAUGGGGAAAAGCUGGUCAAAAGCACACCCCCUACUUGAAUUUCAAACGCAUGUAUAGCAAACUAAGAAGAAAGUCAUUCUAGUUUGGAUCCAUGACGCAGAAAUACAGAAAAUGAAAACCGUCGACAAGAACUAGUUCAGCUGAGGCUUCAUCGCCCUCUGCUGGUGACAGAUGCACCGAAACAUUCAGAUCAUAUGUCAUGUUUCUAUUUAUUUGACCGUCUUUUUAAUAACCUGAGAGUCUCUUCUCUUUCCAAUGCCUUCAUUUGUUUUCCAAGUUAAUUCACUCACUGGAGUUGUGUUGUUUGAGUUUGUUGUGUGUGUGAUUUUUAUACCAGUCUCUUAUCAUGUGUCAAAGCUGUCUUUAACUGAAACUCACAUUUACUUUCCCGUAUGUCAUUCAUUAAGCACCAUGGCUCAAUUUUAAAGAAAGGUUUUAACUUAUGUCUGAAAGUGUUGCUUUGUUGAUGAGAGUUGAAUGAGACGAUAAGCUACCACUCGUUUCUUUACUAAAUAAGUUAAUCUAGUAUGGAGAUGGUACUGGGGAAAUGGCUAGCCUUACUCUCAGCUUUUGUGACGCUUGUAGAAUUGUGUUUUUUGGUUAAGGAGCAUCCUUAUUGACAACAUUUACAUGCACACAAUUUCUAGAAAAGCUGUUUAUGUGGCUUAUAAAAAAACAAAUAACUUGGAUAAGUGACACAAAGUUGAGAUUCAUGUUUCAUCUGCAGUCAUUACAAACCAUAUUUUUUCAGUUUCACAGGAGAACGGAUUGGUUCUGCAAAUGUACUUCUGGUUAACGGUAUUUGAGGAGCUGGUGGAGACCAAAACCAGAGCUAAAAGACAGUUUAUAUGGACAAAAACUUCAAAUGGGAUGGUUUUAAUGUUGGAAGUGUAUUCCUUCAAAAACCACCAGUUCCAUAUUUAACGCACCAACAUGAGAGUGGUGUCUAAGCUUCUCAUUUAACUCUACAAGAAAGCUGUCACUCAAACAUCAAACUGUUGCCUAGUGUCUUUGUGACUUGAGAACAUUUUGCAUGCAGCACGAUAACAUCGUGGCUCAGUCUGUGCUUCUCUUUCCUCCCGGAAGUCUUUAAAGCUAAUAAACCUUUUGUAGAUGAUGUGCAGCAGAACAGCAGAAGAUAUUAUCCUGACAGAAACCCCCUCUCACUGCUGCGUCACUUUUCUAUUUGAGCUUGGGGACCCUUGUGCUUUUUAAUGAAAAAGAAACUCCCUUCUGUUAGACUUGUAGAUUUUCUCUUACCCUGAACAUGACAGUAGUUUGACCUUUGACCUUUCAUGACCUUAUGCAUGUGACUGGUUUUAGGACGAACCCAUCACAACGUAAGUGCAAUAAUGAAGAAAAAGUCAUUUUUAUGAAUCAAAUACUGUAAUGAAGUGUAAAGAUAUAUCCGCAUGCCUAAAUGUAUUGAAGUAUUUAUUGAGACUUCAUAUUUUAAAAUGAUUUUUAAAAAGCGUACAAAUGUAAAUGUACUUUAUAAGGUUUUCUUUUACGUUGCUUUUUUUGGUUCCUAUCAUGACGUUCCUCUCUGCUUUCAAUAUCCCAAUUCUAUAUAUUUUCUUCCUUUCAAAAUAAAAUGAAGCACCGAAAUAUA